CACGCACAACAUGUUCGGUCGGUACUCUAGUUCAAAACUGUUACUUCAUCGAGUAUAUUAAAUAUAAAAUAUUUUUACGUUAGGAAACGGAAACUAAGCUCUUUAUUAACGAUCUGCCAAGUUUGAUUUAAAAUUUACGCGCUAUGAUGAUGCUGCAGAAUCCUCUAUUUCAGGAGUACAACACAGCCUUAUCACAACUUCUUGAAUUGCAUCAACAACAAAGGCAUUUAUAUCAGCAGCGACAGAACCAACAAAGGGGUGCUUUCCAAACGUAUGGGUGUGUGGACGGUAUUAGAAGUGCUAGCCGUGGCAGUACCGACUCUGAUGGUGGCUUAAGUUCUUCGUCUCCUCGACCUUCUAAACCCUUUACUAUCGAUGCUAUACUUGGGUUACACGGACCACCUGGUCAAAACUGUACACCUACCGCAGCUACUGCCUUAGAUUUUUCGACCAGUGGAUCAGCUGCUGCUAUCGCUAUGCAUUCCAAAAAAUCUAAAGAAGAUAAAAUUGAUGGAUCGCUGAAAAAACAUGGUUGUUCAGGAAAAUCAAAAAGAGUAAGAACAAUUUUCACUCCUGAACAGCUGGAAAGGCUUGAAAUGGAGUUUGAACGUCAACAAUAUAUGGUGGGUCCUGAAAGGUUGUAUUUGGCACAUACUUUACAGCUGACUGAAGCACAAGUUAAAGUUUGGUUCCAAAAUCGUCGCAUCAAGUGGAGAAAACAACAUUUAGAGAUACAACAACAAAGGUUGGCUAAUAUACAUCAGAGAAAUACACACGAAAUUGUGCAGGAGUGCGAAGAUGAUGACGAUUCAGAAACAGAUACAAACAAUUGUUCGUUUUACUCUUAAUCGUUAGAUAGAGGUAAUCGUUCUUCUUAUACUAUAUUGUAAAUUCAUCUACAUCUGUGUAAAGUAUGAAAAAUAAUAUGUGAUCAUUAAGUUGCAAGUCCACAUGAAAACAUUUAUUAAAAAGAAUGGGUUGAAAAGGUAAUUAUGCCGCCAAAAGAAAUAUUUCAUUAGUUGGUAUAUUCAUAUUUGUGGUUGUCAACUGAAUAGAAAUACUAGAAAUAGUUUUAUACCUUCAUACAAAUUUUGAAUUAAUCUUUCAAACUUGGAAAGUAACAACAAAAACAACCACCCCUUUUGAAAUACAUUUCAGGUAAAGUGCACGGUAUAAUUGUCUCCAAAAUGUAUUAUUUGAUCCUAAACACUUCUAUCAUCUUUUAUUGUACCUAUUGUAUUAAAUUAAUUAAAUACUAUUUAUUUGAUGAAAGUUAAAGUUAAAUUAUUUUAUUAAAAGUUAUUUAAUAAAAGCUUAAUUGUGUAGAAUUAUUGUCUAAAAAUUAUGUAAAAAUUAGAUAAUAAGAAUCUGGUGAUUAUUAUCAUUACCAAACACUUUGAUUAUUAUUAAUGUUUAUGUAUUUAU